AUGUACCAACGCGACCCCAGGGCGGGGCUCUUCUUGGGCGGUUCGAGGACCAGCGGCGCCGAAGUUCGCGAUGCCAACGUGGCUGCUUGCCAGACCGUCUCCAACGUCCUCAAGUCUUCGCUGGGUCCUGUCGGUCUCGACAAGAUGCUCGUGGACAAUGUCGGAGACGUCACCAUCACCAAUGACGGUGCCACCAUCCUCUCCCUCUUGGAAGUCGAGCACCCCGCUGCCCGAGUUCUCGUUUCUCUUGCUACCCAGCAAGACAAGGAGGUCGGUGACGGUACCACCUCUGUCGUCCUCCUUGCUUCCGAGCUCCUGAAACGUGCCAACGAGCUUGUGCGGAAUAAGAUUCAUCCCACCACUGUCAUCACUGGUUACAGACUCGCCUGUAAGGAGGCAUGUCGAUUCAUGGCCGAGCAACUCUCCACCAAGGUCGACAAGAUUGGCAAGGACUCUCUCGUCAACGUCGCUAAAACUUCCAUGAGCUCCAAGAUCCUUUCUGCCGACGACGACUUUUUCGCUCCCCUCGUCGUCGACUCCAUGCUCGCUGUCAAGACCAUCAAUGCCAAGGGCGAGGCCAAGUACCCCGUCAAGGCUGUCAACGUGUUAAAGGCUCACGGUAAAUCCGCGCGAGAGUCUAUUGGUGUCAAGGGUUACGCUUUGAACUGUACCGUUGCGAGUCACGCCAUGAAGACCAGGAUCCAGGGCGCCAAGAUUGCGUGUCUCGACAUGAACCUCGCCAAGCAGCGAAUGCACCUCGGUGUUCACAUCACCAUCGACGACCCCGACCAGCUCGAGGCUAUCCGUGCUAGGGAGAGCGACAUCACCCUCGAGCGAGUGCGCAAGAUCCUCGCGACCGGCGCGAACGUUAUCCUUACUACCAAGGGUAUUGAUGACCUCUGUUUGAAGGAGUUUGUCGAGGCUGGUGCGAUGGCCGUGAGGAGGUGCAGGAAAGAGGAUUUGAGGCGAAUUGCCAAGGCAACCGGCGCCAGCCUUGUCUCCUCCCUCGCCAACCUCGAGGGUGAGGAGACAUUCGAGGCUUCCAGCUUGGGUUACGCCGAGGAGGUCGUGCAGGAGAGGAUCAGUGACGAUGAGCUCAUCCUCGUCAAGGGUACCAAGAUGGUCAACUCUAGCUCCAUCAUCCUGAGAGGUGCCAACGACUACAUGCUGGACGAGAUGGAGAGGGCUUUGCACGAUGCGCUGUCGAUCGUCAAGAGAACUUUGGAGAGUGGAAGCGUCGUGCCCGGUGGUGGUGCUGUGGAGACUGCUCUGUCUAUCUACCUGGAAAACUUUGCUACCACCCUUGGUUCCCGAGAACAACUCGCCAUCGCCGAGUUUGCCAACGCCCUCCUCACCAUCCCUAAAACCCUCGCUCUCAACGCCGCUAAGGACUCUACCGACCUCGUCGCCAAGCUCCGUGCCUACCACAAUGCGGCUCAGAACGCUCCCUUGAACGACCCCAAGCGUGGGCUCAUGUUCUACGGUCUCGACUUGAUCAAUGGCGAGGUCAUCGACAACAGGCAGGCGGGUGUGUUGGAGCCGACGAUAAGUAAGAUCAAGAGUUUGAAGAGUGCUUUGGAGGCGGCGACGAGUUUGUUGAGGAUAGACGACAGUAUACAGGUGGCGCCUGAGCAGAAGCCGGAGGUCGAUGAGCACGGCCACUAG